GUUCUGAUUAGCAUGGACCUGGCUGGAGCCCUUGGCAUAACGAACAGUGUGAACCAAAGCAGGCCUGACCUUGGCAAGAUAAGUUUUAGCUAACACCAAGCAAGCAUAUCCUGACCUGAGACAAAAACACACAGCUCUCUCAAGAGACUACGUCAGCACAUUCCCAAGAGAUGGUGCAGGAACACACCGACCCCUCCUACGACAAGGAGGGGAGGACAGAAUAACAGAUAAGGAUGUUUUGGUGGAACUGGAAGGUGCAAGGACAAGGGUGGUAACUAGCAACGUCCGGGGCGUCACACAUCACUUGUUUGUAUCAAUGCCUACAAAGCAGACGCCAGAGGAGGGGUGAUUUACGCUGAUCUAGGGGACAGGACCCUGGUGCGCUGACGGAGCAGGUACCAUGGACACGGGUACACACGAGUUAGUGUCCUUGUGGCUCCUACAGGACGCUAGCGCCGUGGUUUGCCCCCGGUCUCCAGCCUGUUUCGACUCCAGGUUUCUGUUCUUUGUUCCUAACUCCCUGCCUCCUGGCCUUUUGAUGUGGGCCUCCCAUCCUGGUCCCCCGAGUCCCCGGUGGCAUCGGACAGCGCUGUGGGUCGGAUGGAUUGGGAACGUUGUCCUCGUGAUGGCUGUGAUAGCGCUGGGGAUUUGGGUUUCCCACUUGAUGUCCGAGAAGGGACGGACCCUGGCAUCCCCUGGGAGCGACGGAGCCGGGUGCAGAGAUACAGCGACACCCCCUGGGAGCGAGGGAGCUGGGAGCAGAGAUACAGCGACACCCCCUGGGAGUGCAGACCGCAGCACGGCAGAAUGCAGCGCCCGCCUGGAGCAUUUCCGAUCCCAGCUGUGCCCCCCGGCCCAGCCCGGCCCAGCAGGGGGCUCCGGGUGCAAACUCUGCCCCACGGACUGGCAGCUGCAUGGGGACAAGUGCUACUGGGUCGGCAGUGGAAGUAAAACGUGGAGUGAGAGCCGCUCCGACUGCUCAGCGAGGGGCUCCCAGCUGCUGGUGAUCCGGGACAAGGCGGAGCUGGAGUCCCUCCAGCCCCUGACACGAGGCACGUAUCAGUUCUGGGUCGGACUGUCCCGCCCCUCCCCGGAAAAGGUCUGGACCUGGCUGGACGGCUCCCCGCUGGAUCAGACCCUGCUCCCGGUGUCAGGCCAGGCUGAGGGGAACAGCUGUGGGGUGGUGAACAGAAAUCGGAUUGGUUCUGACACCUGCAGCUCUGCAUUUCAGUCGAUUUGCCAGCGAGACGCCGUCCCGCUCUGAGCAGGGUUCCGCUCUCCGCUCUCUUCCCCGGCGCACCCACUGCUCCCGUCCAGCCUGUGACCUGACGCACCUCUGCCCAUCCUGCCCUAACGG